GCUGCCUUCCCUGAUUGCCCUCAGCACUGCUUUGACCUUUGUCUGCGCCUGUCUUGCCCGGGUGUUCUCGCCGGUCGGUGGGCCACGCCCUUUGCUACCCCGGCUCUGCCUUCUGUGCGCCCUGUGGUCUACGUUGUGCUUUCCAGCUCUAAGCUGUCCUCGCCUGCCCGCUUCUCCACCUUUGCUGCCCUUCGCGCCGUCAUCGGGGAAGUGUCAGGAAGUGACGCGGUGUUGCAUUCCUUCGGCUCUUUGGCCGAGGCCAGGGUCUACUGCUACGCUGCCGAG